AGUUUUAUUGAGGGCGGUGUAGUUCAGAGUGCCGUCACGCUCAUGAGACUUUGUUAGACAGCGAGACAUUACUGUUGUUUAAUACAAAAAUAGACAGAUAUAGUGAUGGCGAGGAGGAAGAGGAGAGAACAAUAAACAGCGAAGAAAGCGGCCGGAAGUGAGGGAGACUUAAAAAUGAAAAGAGUGAAGAGUGAGACAAAAGGAAGAAAAACAGUGGUUAGACAAAAGAAUAACAGUGGAGAGUGAGACAAUAAGGAGGGAAGACCUUGGAGAGUGAGAAAGUAAAACGGAAAACUUUAGAGAGAGGGAGGAGGCCUCCGAGGUGGUGUGGACGAGAGUAUUGACGGCCAUGCUGGGGGAGGAGACGGUGGAUGGAGGCAUUGUGUCCGAGCGGCGACGAUUCUUCGAGCGGCAGGAAACAACGGACAGUAACUUCUCGUGCUUCUCCGGCGCUGCCGACGACCUCAUCCUGACGGUGACGCGCGCCCCCCUCGGCUUCCGCAGUGGGGGCAGGCGGAGGUCGCUGGAGGGAGCUCAGAACCGACUCCUGGAGACGGCCCUAUGCUUCGACUCCGAGGUAGACUUGGAGGAGAAGCGCGUGCUGGAUUCUCAUAGCAUCGACACCCCUGCCUGGUUGCCGCUGCAGUCUGCCCUCACAAACUCCAGACACAAUGGCCACUCCGACAUCCUACCCUCUGACGUAGCCGGGGGUCCCUGCGACGUGGAAGCCGGCAACCUGGGCGCGUCCAGUGGACGCUUCAGCCAUGCCCGGAGAUACGUCGGCCUCCGGCUGGGCCAAGGCCACCACAAGCGCCGUCCCUCCCCUAUCCGGCGACGUACCCGGGAGGAGGACGGAGGCAAGGAGUCCCCGCCCAUUACCGUCAAUGUCUCCUCAUCUGCCUCCUACCCGGAGAACUUCUACCCGAUCUUCCUGCCCAUGGAUCAAGCCUUCAAGGCCAAGUACGUCUUCGCCAGUAAGAAAGGCAAGACUUUGAAGGACAAGACUUACCUCUUCCUGGAACAUCCCUGCGGCUGGAUCUGCUUCUUCUACCACUUCUUUGUGUUUAUGGCCGUGUUGAUCUGCCUUAUAUUCAGUGUGUUGUCUACCAUCACUCAGUACGAAGACUUCGCUAACGAGACCUUGUUUUGGAUGGAGAUCUGUCUGGUGGUGUUCUUCGGCGUGGAGUACGCAGUACGGAUGUGGGCUGCUGGCUGCCGUUCCAAGUACAUGGGCUUCUUCGGCAGGAUACGUUUUAUAAGGAAACCAAUUUGUAUUAUAGAUCUAAUAGUAGUGGUAGCAUCGAUAGUGGUUCUAUGUGUGGGAUCCAAUGGUCAGGUGUUUGCCACAUCUGCCAUUAGAGGGAUCCGCUUCCUGCAGAUCUUGCGUAUGCUGCAUGUUGACAGGCAGGGAGGUACAUGGAGACUACUGGGCUCCGUGGUCUUCAUACAUAGACAAGAGUUGAUAACAACUCUUUACAUUGGGUUUUUGGGCCUGAUAUUUUCGUCCUAUUUUGUGUACCUUGCGGAGAAAAAAGAUGAUGAAGAUGAGGAAGAAGGUGAUUUCUCCAGCUAUGCUGAUGCUUUGUGGUGGGGUGUGAUAACUGUAACAACAAUAGGGUAUGGUGACACUGUUCCCAGGACGUGGAUGGGAAAAAUUGUUGCCUCCUGCUUCAGCGUUUUUGCUAUAUCAUUCUUUGCACUUCCUGCCGGUAUCCUGGGCUCUGGGUUUGCACUCAAAGUGCAGCAGAAGCAGCGCCAGAAGCACUUCAAUCGGCAAAUCCCAGCAGCUGCCAUGUUGAUCCAGUGUUUGUGGCGAUGCUAUGCUGCUGAUAAACACUUCAAUUCAACAGCUACAUGGCAGAUUCACAUGAAAGAUCCAAAUACCAACAAUAACUCUCAGUCGACGCCAUUAAGCAAGAUGGCCAAGAGAGCAAGUGUUUUACGGAGAAGGAAAUCCAAAAGCAAGAUGGAUGUUUCAUCAGCUCCUGAAAGCUCCAGCAGACGAGACAGCGAAGGCGACAUGGUCUUCUAUGUUGAGGAACCUAGGGCAGAGGAGGUGGCGCGGCGAUGGUCGUCCAUGGCUCGCCUGAGGGGCAUGCUCGGGUGUGUGUCGCCCAUCACGGAAAUACCAGUGGCACCGCCCACCACCCAUCUGGGCAAUCCUGGGCGGGUCAGGGGAUUGUCUAGGUCUCGCAGCUACGAGUGUACUGCAGGAACCCCAAAUCGGACCCGGCGAGAGCCCAGGAGCUCUACCCUCCAUAGUCAGGCAUCUUCAGUGACGGAGGUAGCCUCCGAUGAAAUAGAUCUUGACAUUGAUGAACCUCAGGGUUUUACCUCGACUCUCCUCCGCAGGUUGACAGAGGCACACCGAAACGCUAUCAGGGCCAUCAGAAAAAUUAAAUAUUUUGUUGCAAGACGGAAAUUCCAGCAAGCCAGAAAGCCUUAUGAUGUGAGAGAUGUUAUUGAACAAUACAGCCAGGGACAUCUUAAUAUGAUGGUGCGAAUUAAGGAACUUCAGCGUCGGCUUGAUCAGACGUUGGGCAAGCCUGGAAGCUAUUUGACUGGCAUAGAUAAAUCUGGCAAUGUAAAACCCAUGACCAUUGGUGCAAGACUUUAUAGAGUUGAACAACAGCUGGUGCUCCUUGACAAGAAGCUGGACCAGAUGUUGUUUGUGUGCAAUGCCUUGGCACAAAAGACACAACUACCAGAGAUCAGAAAUUCUGAUGAUCAUGUGUAGUGUAACCAGUCCAUACUGUAUUACAAACCUAGUCUGCUUAGAAAUCCUAGUUUAUUUGUAAUUUUGUUUUGCUUGGCUGAUAGGUUCUUCAUUGACUCUCAGUUCAUUUAGUAGCUGUGCUCUAAUUAUCUGAACUUGUAUAUUCAUGGAUCCUUCAGAAAUAAGAGGUAUUGAAUUCAUAUACUGUAUCAAUACGUAUUUGACUACAGAACAUUAUUUUAAUGUUUUGCUGUGGUUUUAUAUUUUUACUUUCUUUUUAAUUUCCUGUACUUUGAGAUACAUGCUGAAAGAUGCCAUUUGGAAAAAUCAGUUUUUGUGUAUUAAUUGAAAUCUUUCAUGUGGUAUGAAUGGAGUUUCUUUUAAAAUAUUGUAAGCAGUGAGAGUUUUGUUUCAGGGUUGAAUAUUGAUUUAAUUUAUGUAGGAUUAUUUAAACUUACAAUUUCAGUUGUAGUGAAAUGAGAAUCAAGUACAUUAUUAUAGUACGAGUGUGUUACAGUUUAAUAAGAAAGCUUGCUUCUCUAUAUCAAAAUUAUUUCACACAGCCUAUCGCAUCUCAUUCUAGCUCAACACCUUGACUUAGAUUUUCAACUCGUCAUUCAUGGACAAACAGUGAAAAAAUAUAGUAUGUAAAUACUAUAAAAUAUGACAUAGUACUUUGAGAGGAUCAAAAAAUUAACCCAUAACUAUUGUACAUAAAAUCUUAAAUAUUGAAUUUAAAUUUUAACAAAGAACAUACAUUCUCAGAGAAGAGAGUAAACAUAUUUCAGAAAAAAAGGUGCAAGUUUCUCCCUAGAGCUGUUUGAGCAUUAUCUUUCCCUACCAACUUCUAUAAUGUUGAGGUGGUUUGGCAUGUAGAAAGGAUGGGCAGGGAUAGGUUGACAAAGAGGAUGUACAAAUCUGGGGUGGAAGAUAGAAGGAAAAGGGAUCACCACAAGAAUGGUUGAAGGGAUGGGGGUACAAGAGACUGAGUUUUAGUGGCUAGAUCAUCCAGCAGGCUUGUGAGUAUGUGAAAUAGGGAUUAAUAGAAACAAGUGGAUUGUAAUGGACAUGCUGUUGGAGUGUGAGCAAGGUAACUUUUAUGAAGGAUUCAGGAAAACUGGUUAGCUGGCCUUAGAGUCCUGGGGGGUGAUGGAUGUAGCAGUCAGAGGGGUAAUCCGAUUGUGAUGUUAACACACCUCAAGAAAGAUGGUGAUUAAUUGAACGUAUUUUCUUUUUUAAUCGCCCUGCCUUAGCAGGAGAGGGCUGUCGUGUUAAAAAAAAGAUUAAUAUGUACAGGUGCUCCUUGACUUACGAUGGUUCAACUUGCACUUUGGAGAUGAAAGUUUAGAUAAUUACCCAGCAUGAAGGUAGCCAAGCCCAUGAUGACUCUCUUCAGGUCACUUGUUCUAUCUAGGCUGGAAUAUUGCUGCACACUAACAGCACCUUUCAAGGCAGGUGAAAUUGCUGACCUAGAAAAUGUACAGAGAACCUUCACGGCGCGCAUAACAGAGAUAAAACACCUCAAUUACUGGGAGCACUUGAGGUUCCUGAACCUGUAUUCCCUGGAAUGCAGGCGGGAGAGAUACAUGAUUAUAUACACCUGGAAAAUCCUAGAGGGACUAGUACCGAACUUGCGCACGAAAAUCACUCACUACGAAAGCAAAAGACUUGGCAGACGAUGCAACAUCCCCCCAAUGAAAAGCAGGGGUGUCACUAGCACGUUAAGAGACCAUACAAUAAGUGUCAGGGGCCCGAGACUGUUCAACUGCCUCCCGGCAUACAUAAGGGGGAUUACCAACAGACCCCUGGCAGUCUUCAAGCUGGCACUGGACAAGCACCUAAAGUCGGUUCCUGACCAGCUGGGCUGUGGCUCGUAUGUUGGUUUGCGUGCAGCCAACAGUAACAGCCUGGUUGAUCAGGCUCUGAUCCACCAGGAGGCCUGGUCACAGACCGGGCCACGGAGGCGUUGACCUCCGAAACUCUCUCCAGGUAAACUCCAGGUAAACUGGUGUUUAGAGUAAUUAUCUGUUUAUUUACUUAUUCAUUGACAGUAAUUUAUUUAUUUAUUUAAUUAGCAUAUAUUCAUAUUCGAUUUAUGAUAAGUUCAUCAGAACAUAAACCCAUUGUAAGUUGAUCAGCAUCUGUAUAUGUAUAUAUGUAUGUGUGUGAUUAUAUAUAUAGAGAGAGAGAGAUUUUAUAUACAUGUUGAAGGGUUGUUGAGGUGGUUUAGUCAUUUAGAGAGGAUGGAGCAAAAUAGGAUGACUUGGAGGGUGUAUAAAUCUAUAGCAGAGGGGAGGAGGGGUAGGGGUCAUCCUAGAAAAGGAUGGAGGGAGGAGGGUAAAAAAAGGUUGUGUGAAUAUGUUAGACAGGAGUGAAUGGAGACGAAUGAUUUUUGGGACUCGACGAGCUAUUGAAGUGUGAGGACUCAAGUCUGGUUAGUUGGAAUUGAGCCCUGGAGGUGGGAAGUACAAUGCCUACACUUUAAAGGAGGGGUUUGGGAUAUUGGCUAUUUGGAGUGACAUCUGAACUGUAGUAUGGGAGUGCUUUUGCAAAGACAGUGAUUAUGUGUAAAUGAUGGAGAAAGUGUUGAAUGAUGGUGAAACUGUUUCUUUCUUUUUUGGGUCACCCUGCCUUAGUGGGAGACAACCAAUGUGUUGGAAAUAUAUAUUUCUUCUUUCAACACACUGGCUGUAUCCCACCGAGGCGGGGUGCCCCAAAAGGAAAAACGAAAGUUUCUCCUUUUACAUUUAGUAAUAUAUACAGGAGAAGGGGUUACUAGCCCCUUGCUCCCGGCAUUUUAGUCACCUCUUACAACACGCAUGGCUUACGGAGGAAGAAUUCUGUUCCAUUUCCCCAUGGAGGUAAGAGGAAAUAAACAAGAACUAGAACGAAAAUAGAAGAAAACCUUGAGGGGUGUUUAUAUAUAUGCUUCUACAUGUACGUGUAAUGUGAUCUAAGUGUAAGUAGAAGCAGCAAGACGUACCUGAAAUCUUGCAUGUGUAUGAGACAGAAAAAAAGACACCAGCAAUCCUACCAUCAUGUAAAACAAUUACAGGCUUCCGUUUUACACUCACUUGGCAGGACGGUAGUACCUCCCUGGGCGGUUGCUGUCUACCAACCUACUGCCUAGAAGGAAAUAUAUAUAAAUAUAUACUAUAUACUAUAUAUAUAUAAUAUAUUUUUUAUUUAUUAACACACUGGCCGAUUCCCACCAAGGCAGGGUGGCCCGAAAAAGAAAAACUUUCACAAUCAUUCACUCCAUCACUGUCUUGCCAGAAGGGUGCUUUACACUACAGUUUUUAAACUGCAACAUUAACACCCCUCCUUCAGAGUGCAGGCACUGUACUUCCCAUCUCCAGGACUCAAGUCCGGCCUGCCGGUUUCCCUGAACCCCUUCAUAAAUGUUACUUUGCUCACACUCCAACAGCACGUCAAGUAUUAAAAACCAUUCGUCUCCAUUCACUCCUAUCAAGCACGCUCACGCACGCCUGCUGGAAGUCCAAGCCCCUCGCACACAAAACCUCCUUACCCCCUCCCUCCAACC